AUGUCUCACAAAACACAAGAGCCAGUCAUCACAAAACUCUCGGACCUACCGGUUGAGGAGGCCAAGUGGAUAACGCUCAAGAAGAUCGAAUACGUCGACCAAGUCGGCAAAGAGCGAACAUGGGAAGUCGCAACACGAAAGACAAGAGGCAAAUCUGGCGUCGACGCUGUUGCAAUGGGAAAUAUCCUUUUACACCCAUCUAAACCCGCGUCAACUCUGCUCGUCAUCCAGUACCGACCACCUCUGGACGCCUACACAAUUGAAUGGCCCGCUGGACUCAUUGAUGCGGAGGAGACUGCCGAAGAAGCGGCUGUCAGGGAGUUCAAGGAGGAAACUGGUUACGACUGCAAGGUUUUGAGUGUCAGUCCUGCACAAGCUGCCGACCCCGGAAUGACAAACGCCAACAUGCAACUGGCCAUGGUCGAGGUUCAAUUGAGCGAGAACGAGGAGGAGCCUGAGCAGAGACUGGAUGAUGGAGAACACAUUCAAAGAGAGAUUAUUCCUCUUGCGGAACUGUAUGAGCGUCUGGUCGAGUACUCUAAGCGAGAGCGUACAGUGGUUGCAGCCAAACUCUUCCACUUUGCUGCAGGUAUGCAUUUUGCUCAGACACAAAAGUAUUUCUAG